AAUAAAGUAUCAUUGAUGCUCUGGCCCUGCCCUCCAUUCACAUCCCACCAGAAGCUGUACUCAAUUUUCAGCUGCACUCAGCUGUGCCUUUUUGAUUCCUCCUUGGCUUCCAGGAGGCAUAAAAGGUCCUUCGGGACUCCUUUCUUUCUUCAAGCAGUGAAACCUUGGUCACUGGGCUACCUUUUUAGUGGUGAUUCCCUCUGGUGGGCUUGCAGGUACCCAGCAGUGAAGCCUACAGGAGGUUUUAAAAUGCUCAAGAAAUGUUCCAAAGGCCUGGGCGAUCUUGAAGCAUACACAGAUGUGGAGGAAGGGGUGGCUUUCCAGAUGGACAACAAUUUAUUCUGGGACUCGCUGGGGAGUUGCUUCCAACUGGCCAUUGAGGGCAUGUGCGAAAAGACCUUUUCCUGCAAAUUCUGGGUCACCUCUUUGCCUUCAGGAAGAGUUUUGAUAAAAGACUGGCUGGGCAUGUACCUUGCUCCAGUAGAAGAAGGUACUGAUGUGAAAACCUACCCUGUCCAACCUGUUCAGUACACGGAAGAUAGAUCCCUGCAGUUUGACGUCUUUCACCGUGACAACCGAGUUGCUUUCCAGGCCUAUAAUCGUCGCUUCCUGGCCAGAGUCCAAAGGGGUGAAUUCCAGAUAUUGGAAGCAGCCAAGUUUUUAAUUGACAGCACCUGUUACUUCCGGCCCCAGAUUGGGGACAUCUGUCUCCCUACUUUUGAAAUAAAAAAUGUGGUUCCUAAGGAACUCUGGCGAGUGAAGUGCCGCCCUACUCUUGUGGACAGGAUGAGCUACACCAACCGGGGUGAGACACCAAUUCAACAAACCUUCAUUAUGGAUUGGAACAUCCAGUGCACCGACAAAGUUUUCUGGAAUCAUCUCUGGGGGCUGGGUUUGCCCUCGGUUUCCUCUCCUUUUGUUGUUGAGAAUGCCAAGCUCACUGUGAAGUACCUGGAGGACAACCAGCGCAUUGUUUCCGUGACGAGGAACAUUUCUGAGACCGUAUCGCACACCUUGAUGGUGCCCCCCAGGACGAAAGCCAUUGCCUACCUUUAUGCCCGCCAGCAAAGUAAUGCUUCUCUGCCAUUCACAGCCGUCAUCCGCAAGGUGACGCCUCGUGGAAAGGAGGUGAUCUUGCUAGAAAAUGGUGCCUGGACGGGGCUUGUCUAUCGUGACCUCUGGAUAUACUGUUCACUAAAAAGACUGGAUGAACUUUGUCCGGGGAUAGGAUUUCAUGGGAACUGGAGUUUUGCCAAGGAGAUUCAUGGACCUGACCGUGAAUUGCCCAGUUCUGAAGAAAAGUGAUUUCCUGGAUUCUCCACCAUCUUGGUCUGAUCCCUUUUGGGACUGUGUUGCUUUUAGGAGUAGUUCAGAAAAUGGCUUCCCCCAGAAGCUACUCUAGCAAUUUGUUUUUAAAUUCUCAGGUGCCUGAAAAAUAUAUAUAUGACGGCUACCUUUUUAUGUGGAAGAGGCAGAAGAAUUUGCACUUGGCAGCACUGCAGAGAAAGUAAAUAAAAUGGUGAAGCCGUUUUU